AUGCCCUCUCAAGUAGAUCCGGCUGUCUUGGCCGAGCUGCCAGCGGAUAUCCGUGCAAAACUUGCACCGCAAAAGCGAAGCAUCUUCGACAAUGUCAAGAGAUCAGGCUCGCCGUCGGCAGAAAACAGAUCACGCUCAGCGUCACCGCAGGUCAGUGACGCUGAAUUUGUUCUGCCAAGCCAUAGCCAGCUCGAUCCUGCCAUUCUUGCCGAACUUCCAGAAGACGUAAGGCAAGAAGUUUUGCAACAGUACAAACAGCCUGCAACUCGAGGUCUGCCAAUGUCGCCCAAAAAGCCAACCAUUAGUGGUCCGAGGAAGCUGACUACGCCUACGAAGAAGCAGAAAUUUCUGGCUGCGACAAAGAAAGGCCGCUCCAAGAAUUCAUCAUCGUCCACGUUGACACAAGCCAACUUUGUAGCGGCUAGACAGACAAGCAGCAACGGCAACGGCAGUGCGGAUACUGAAGAGAUCUCAGAAUCGUUCCUAGCUGAGCUCCCCGCCGACAUUCGACAGGAGAUCUUGGAUGAGCAGCGACGGAAGCGAAUGCAGGCAAAAGGCGGGCUCAACUUGGGCACGAUCCGACGAAGAGUGAAGCCUCCUGCUCCUGACACAACGAAGCGAGGCCAACAAACGAUACCCCUCCCACGUCAGCCUCCAAGACCGACCUUCACUUCACGGAAACUCAGCACGACGAAGGAAUUGCAGGACGCAAUGGUGGCGUGGGUCACGGCAUUUUCUGACGAAGGUGAAGUUGGUCCGUAUGAGGACGAUGUUACAGCACUCGGAUUGUAUUUGAGUAGAGUCGUGACGGGAGAAAGGGACAUGGAGAAGACGGCGACAGUAUUGAGGUGGCUGCAUCAAGUGAUUGAUAUGCAAGAAUUUGAGAAGGGCAGUCCAUUGGAGGUCGCUUGGGAAGCUGCUACCAAGAAAUUGGAAAGUGCUGUGCAGGACGCUGUUGCCAGCCGCGGUCUUGCACCUCUGAAUCUCGACUCUGGCUAA